CAUCAUUUUGCCCGUUUCUUUAUUUUAUUUUUUCAAAAAGAAAAUAGAAAAGUUUUCCCUCUCCUUUCAAAUUCUCCUCACUCUGUCGCUCUUUCACAAGCCCUAAAACAUCCAAAUCUUUGAGCAAACGGAUCUGAGUCGGAGAAGAAAAAUAUUGUUUUACCCUAAAUGCAGGACUUUGUUGGAUCGGUUCGCCGAUCUUUUGUCUUUAGGUCUUCGACGUCCGGCGAAGAUGGCGGUGGAGGACUUGGAUGCUUUGUUGAGAAGAUCGGCGCCAGCAUUCGCAGAUCGCGGAUCGGCUUGUUCGCUAAGCCACCUGCGCCUCCCGCUCUUCCUCCUGUUAAAAAGACGGAUGCUUCGUCGAUCCGGUGGCGGAAGGGCGAGUUGAUUGGUUCUGGCGCCUUUGGUCGUGUUUACAUGGGGAUGAAUCUUGACUCCGGCGAGUUAUUAGCAGUUAAACAGGUUUUGAUUGCGGCAAAUGCUUCGAAGGAGAAAAUACAGGCUCAAAUUAGAGAGCUCGAAGAAGAAGUGAAGCUACUAAAGAAUCUAUCACAUCCAAACAUAGUUAGAUAUUUGGGAACUGCAAGGGAGAACGAUUCCUUGAAUAUUCUGUUGGAGUUUGUACCGGGUGGAUCCAUUUCAUCUCUUUUGGGGAAGUUUGGAUCUUUUCCUGAACCUGUUAUAAGAAUGUAUACAAAACAACUUUUGUUGGGACUGGAAUAUCUUCACAAGAAUAGAAUCGUGCACAGAGACAUUAAGGGAGCAAACAUUCUUGUGGAUAACAAGGGGUGUAUCAAACUUGCAGACUUUGGUGCAUCAAAAAAGGUUGUCGAGUUGGCUACAAUAAACGGCGCCAAAUCAAUGAAGGGAACUCCAUAUUGGAUGGCUCCUGAAGUUAUUCUUCAAACAGGACAUAGCUUCUCUGCUGAUAUAUGGAGUGUCGGUUGUACUAUAAUUGAGAUGGCUACUGGAAAGCCUCCAUGGAGCCAACAAUAUCAGGAGGUUGCUGCACUUUUCUAUAUUGGGACAACUAAAUCUCAUCCACCAAUCCCCGAGCAUCUCUCGUUUGAGGCUAAAGAUUUCUUGUUAAAAUGCCUACAAAAAGAACCAGAACUGAGACCUAGUGCAUCAGAUUUGCUUCAGCACCCAUUUGUGACUGGAAACUAUGAGGAACAUGCAGUUUGUAGCUCAAUAACGGAAUCUGAGAAUCUGGAGAUGGCAUCUGGGGUUAACCUGAAGAGCUUAAUAAGUUCAGGGAUCAGAUCAACAAGCAUAGGUUUAAAGGAUGUUUGUGAAAUGGGUAGUGUGAGUUGCACUACAGCAUAUCUUGUGAAAUUAUCAGAACCGGGAGCCUACUGGAGGGAAAACAGUUGUGACAAUAGCAUGUGUCGAAUAGAUGACAAUGAUGAUCUUGAGUUUGGCACUUCAGUCAAGUUCAGCUCUGUUUUAGCAUCUACUGAUUUGAAUAAAAGUUUUAAUCCCAUUUGCGAACCUACUGAAGACUGGCCGUGCAAAUUUGACCAAAGUUCUGAGCUAAGCCAAAGUGGAGUGAACUUGUCCUUGGGGGAAACAAUAGAAGCUGCUGGCACUCUUGGAAUGUCUGCUAAGGAGAACGGCUUCACUUUUCUGUAUGGACUGCCAGCAGCUGAUGAUGAUGAAGAAGUUACUGAGAUAAAAAUUAGAGCCUUUCUGGAUGAAAAAGCUCAGGAACUGAAGAAGAUGCAAUCUCCUCUGUACGAAGAGUUUCACAACACAUUGAAUGGUAGUCUUCCAACUUCUGUUGGAACUGCAAAUGGUGAAAAUAUUUUGAGCUUACCUCCUAAAAGCAGGUCGCCUAAGCGGUUGCCUAGCAGAAGACUCUCGGCAGUUGCUGAUGCUUCCAACAUAGUUAGCCCUAAGGGUCGUAAGAAUCCCUUGUCAAAUACUGCUGGUCUUCGUGAUCGGACUUUACAAGAAAUUCAGCCACCCGUCAGGGAAUGGAAAGGACUCAAUGCCCAGCAGGAGACUAUUAGUCCUAGCAUGAGCUUUUCCGAGAGACAAAGGAGGUGGAAGGAGGAGCUGGACCAAGAGCUUGAAAGGAAGCGAGAGAUGCUGCGGAAGACAUCAUCUCCAAAGGAUAAGUUUCUAUAUGGACAAAGAGAACAAUUUCGAUCUGCAUUUUCUGGCAAGUAAAUGUAUCUAACUUUACCAAUGGGACUGUCAGUUAUGUAUUCUAUUUUUGGUGAGUAUAUUCAACUUUUUUUAAUAAAAAAAUCAUGUAUUUAGAUGAUCUUUAGAGGGGUCAUGCCCCUAUAUCCAUGUCCAUAUGUUUUGGACAUUUAUUUUAAG